GAUCGGAAGUCACUGGAGCUAGUGCUCGAGCUCGCCCACGCUCAGUUCAAAAGGAUACCCGCAAAGCUGUCUUAUGAGGGCCUGGUUCAGCUUGCUUCUGUGUGCCUCGAUUACGAUACUACUGGCCUCGUUGUACCGUUCCUAGACGCGUGGAUCAAACCUUACCGCGACCAUAUCACCCGCCCCGGUUACGAACAGUGGCUUCUCGUCGCAUACGCCUUCGGAUUUAUUGACGACUUUGAAAACAUUAGCAACCGCCUCGUCCUGAGCUGUACCUCGAAAGAUGGCAAAUGCCUUGAUUCCAAUGGAUCAGCCCUCACUGGCCGA